ACCUCAGCCAGCAUCCUGUACACAACACGACGGAGUGCGAGCGUCUCAUGGAGUUAGGCUGGGGCAACCGCUCGACGGGGGCGACGCUCAUGAAUAAGGAUUCUUCUCGCUCACACUCCAUCUUCACCAUCUGCCUCGAGAUGAUGAACACUACAGGCGAAAACGACACCAUUCGGUCGGGGAAACUCAACCUGGUCGAUUUGGCUGGAAGUGAGCGGCAGGCCAAAACAGGAGCGACUGGUGAUCGACUGAAAGAAGCAACCAAAAUCAAUCUCUCGCUCUCCGCUCUGGGCAACGUCAUAUCAGCGCUCGUCGACGGCAAGAGUAAACACAUUCCGUACAGAGACUCGAAGCUCACCAGACUUUUGCAG